AUGGCACACCAGUUGCACGCGCCGCUGUCCCAAAUCAAACCAUACUUCGCGCCGACUCCGCUUGCUGACAACGAGGGGAAGAAAAGAAGCGAGCCUCCUGCGGUGCAAGAAACCAUCGAUUUCUUGGGCUUGCAAGCCCACAUUGAAGGUGGUUAUUACGUCGAGACUGACCGCGAUCCUCUGAACGUGGCCAAUCCAUUUAUCAACAAUAAAGACCCUGGAACAUCCUAUGCUGUUUCGGAGGCCGACGUGACUUCUGCCAUUCGACUAAGUGCCGGCCAAGAUCAUUCUACUCGCGCUGCCAGUACUACCAUUUACUAUUAUAUCACCCCCGGUUCUCCUUUGGGCUGUUUCCAUCGUAACCGCGGACGAACGGUUCAUACACUGCAUCGCGGUCGCGGUAUUUACGUGCUGAUCCAUGCAGAUGAAGUUCUCCGAGGCGACCGAGCUGCCGAAAACAAUAAAGCUCGCAUCGAAACUUUCGUCGUGGGUCACGAUAUCGCCCACGGAGAAAGGCUACAAUGGAUUGUAGAGGGAGGAAAAUUCAAAGCGUCCUUUUUGCUUCCUGAUACUGAAAGCAGAGACAGACAAUCUGAGGGGUUGUUGAUCAGCGAGACUGUGGUUCCGGGCUUUGAGUUCGCCGAUCAUGACUUUAUGCGAUCGGAAACAUUGGAUGAGCUUCUGAAACCAGAAGAAGUCGAGGAGCUCAAAUGGCUAUUGAGAGAGAAGUCAAUCAGUGCAUAG